AAGUGAAAAUAUAAAUUUUUGUUAUUCUUUGAAUUUUCCAACCAGUUGGGAUUAUAAAAUAAGAGAAGAAUUGUUCCUGCCUCUAUUCGUAAAAGCUGGUCUUCUCCAUGAAAAUGAUGGUCCAGGCAGGCUAGUGUUUUUUUCAAUGUUAGAGUUAAAUUUUCAAAACAUGCAGAUGAAUACAAAUUUCCGGAGGAAAAGAAACAUAAAGUAUGGUGAUCAGCGCGUUAUGUGUACAAUAGAUUAUCAAGAUUAGAACAACGAAAAAUGGUGCCACAACUGUUAAAACAGGCUCACUGUGUAAUCUCGUUUGGACUAAACGAAGUACGAUUGUCAUUAAUAGCAUGUGUGGAAAAGCAUUGUGACACUACGUUAUCAUCAGAAUCUAUCGACGACAUGCUUGAAAAACUCAAUCAAAAGUGCGAAGAAGCUGGUUUUCAUAGAACAACAAAUGUUGUUUUAGAUGAACGGCCAUUGCCAGACUUGAAAUCUCGCUGGACGAAUGACUCAAUCACUUUAGAGGACAUACUUGAACAUUUUUCAGGUUAUGCAGAAAAAUUCUUUAGAAAUGAAGUAGAUAAAUUUCUUGUAGGCAGGAGCAAUACAGUUCCCAGACCAUUGGACAUUUUUUACACAAGUCAAAUCCCGAAAACAUUUUUAGCUCAGGGGCUAAUCUCAUUAGUUGAUUGUUGGUCGAAAAAGUAUUUUAGUGAACUAAAAGAAUUUUACAAAUCCGCGAAACCCGGUGAUAAUUCCUCCAUAUUCGAAUUCUUUGACUAUCCUCGCCGAAGAAAAGCAACUCAAGAGCUUUUCGAAAACCGAAUGGAAGAAUUUAACGUGCGCAGAAACCCAAUUAUACUACCCAAAGAAACAACAAUGGAAGAACCCGAAAGUUGCUUAAAGCCUAUUAUCUUCAUUAAUAUCGACAUAUCGCCUACACAGAUUCAGACUGUUUUUACAUACCUAGAUAAGGAUAGACAAGUUGAACAGAAGCAAAAUAUCGAAUGGUAAUGGUGUUAGGCGGCAAAAUAUCUUUUAUAAGAAAAUCCAACUAAGUUUUGUUUCGUUGUAUAACAGUAAUAUGCAACCAUUGA